AUGGAGAAAGAACCCAAAAUCUCAUCUACUGGUCAACUUGAUGUUGUUCCCCAGGCUAGUGCUCAGAAACCCUCCAACCCUCAAGAGAACCCCAUCCCUCUCGAUGUCACGAACGUGCAGCCUCAUAGCAGUAUUGGUGCUGAGAAGUUGAUCAAAAACAACGAUAAUGACGUGCUCGAACCACUUACCGAAACAGUUGAGAAUACGCAAGCCAAUGCAGUAUCAUAUGCUCCAUAUAGUGUCUUUUCCGCCUCUCAAAAGAAAAUGAUUGUCUUUACUAGUGGUACAGUAGCUCUUGCGAAAGAUUUAGCUGGUGAUAUUAUCACUUCUUCUGAACGCGGCACUUACGUUGCAUGGGCUUCUCUUGAUAGUAUCCUUGGCCCUAUCGUUGCUCCUAUCAUUGGAGGAAUAUUAGGGCAAUAUGCAGGUUGGAAUUGGAUAUUUUGGUUUCCCCUUAACUAUUCAUGCGUCGUGUUUAUACCACUUAUUUUCUUUCUUCCGGAAACUUCUCGAAAUCUAGUUGACGAUGGGUCCAUACCUCCACCAUUUCUCCACAUGAACAUCACAGACCAUGUACGUCAUUCGAAUCGUCGUAAGAAAGAAAUUCCUUUAGAUGUAGAGAAUUACGGCCCUGCGCAAGAACAACAAGCUACAUGUACCAAAUCCACUGUCUACACUUAG